ACCGGGCGGAUUCGAUUAUGCUGAGCCGCGGGGCACCGGUUCUAUGGCAGUAAUCUGCACAGCUCGAUCAUGUCCACAAUGCAGCAUUUAGAAUCAUCUAGAAACAUACAUGCCUUUUCCAUUAAAUAUAUGUUCGAAUUUUCGGAAAGCAGAUUACGCGUUUUUUUCAAAAGCAACCACUUUUGCAUGUGAAAAUACAGAAUCGCACUCAUAACUCCACGUGCUAAAUAAGUCACUUUUGUUUUGAGACGAUUUGGUCGUGGACUUUGAACAUGGCACCUGGCUCAGCCCGGUUCCAAAAGUAAUGCAAUCCACUUUCUCCCGGUGGAAAACACGCUUACCCGGGACAGAUUAAUCGAAUCGCCUCAUUGGUCUAGAGGUAUGUUCGUUCCAUAGUAGGUCCAUACUAGUUUGAAAGACUUUGGUGCAGCCUGCUAACACUAAACUCGCGAGUUGCGUCAACCAGGCUAGCAGUCUUCAUAUAUAAUAUAGGCAACGUUUUGCCAUGCGCUUUGUAUGAAAUGCCGCGGAAAGAACGGUGCAAGAACCGGGAAACAUUUUCCAUUAAUCGUCAGUCACCCGUUUUGGACAUUGACACAUGCCAAUAAUUCUCUAGCUAGGGAGUUGAAAGAAGGUAGUGUGAGUCCAAGCAGGUGUCACUGGGAAGGCUAACACAAGACGACCCAGACGAGCUUUCUCGGUUUUGAUUAACCAACAGGACACUUAGAAACAUGUCGGAGAAACGCCGGUCGCGAUGGUAUUUCGGUGGACUAUCCUCAAGUGCUGCUGCCUGUAUUACACACCCCUUAGAUCUGAUCAAGGUGCACCUCCAGACACAGCACGAGGUGAGGAUGAGGAUGAUGGGAAUGACUAUGAGUGUGGUGCAGAGAGAAGGUGUUCUGGCUCUCUACAGCGGCCUCAGCGCCUCCCUCUGCAGACAGAUGACAUAUUCUCUGUCCCGCUUCGCCAUCUAUGAGACAGUGAGUGAUCAAAUGAAGGACAGGACCCAUGGUCCUAUGCCCUUCUACCAGAAGGUCCUCCUGGGGUUGGUUGGAGGAUUUGCAGGUGGAUUCAUUGGGACCCCAGCAGACAUGGUUAAUGUCAGAAUGCAGAAUGACGUUAAAGUACCACUAGAACUCAGGAGAAAUUAUGCUCAUGCACUAGAUGGACUGUUCCGGGUAUGGAAAGAGGAGGGAAUGAAGAAGCUGUUCUCUGGAGCCACAAUGGCAUCCUCUAGAGGAGCACUGGUCACUGUUGGACAGCUGGCCUGUUAUGAUCAGGCCAAGCAGCUGGUUCUGGGGACUGGAGCCAUGCAAGACAACAUUCUAACACACUUCCUGGCCAGCCUCAUCGCAGGAGGCUGUGCCACUGUCCUGUGCCAACCACUGGAUGUCUUGAAGACCAGGCUGAUGAACUCAAAAGGGGAAUAUGUGGGCCUGCUACACUGUGUGAGAGAUACAGCUAAACUGGGACCCAAGGCCUUCUACAAGGGUCUGGUUCCAGCAGGGAUCCGUCUCAUCCCUCACACAGUCUUCACUUUCAUCUUCCUAGAGCAGCUCAGAACCUGCUGCGGCAUCAGGAUCGUCACCUGAGAGGGGUCAGGGGUCACCACCUGAUCACCUAUUGAGUAGUCUGAAAUGUGACCUCUGUCAGGACUGCCAGGCCACGCCCACUCCCUUUGUUCCCUGUUCUGUUCUACGUUAGCAGGCAACUUUAAUCCACCUGCAACCUCCCCCAUCCUAAACCCCACCAUCUGGAUACAGCCUAGUGACUGACUAAAGGGGGGGUUCUGGAUACAGACUAGUGACUGACUGAAGGGGGGGGUUCUGGAUACAGCCUAGUGACUGACUGAAGGGGGGGUUCUGGAUAUAGCCUAGUGACUGACUGAAGGGAGGGGGGGUUCUGGAUACAGCCUAGUGACUGACUGAAGGGUGGGGGGUUCUGGAUACAGCCUAGUGACUGACUGAAGUGGGGGGGGGGUUCUGGAUAUAGUGGACUAUGUUUGACCAGAGCCCAGUAACUCUAUUCCCUAUAUAGUGGACUACGUUUGACCAGAGCCCAGUAACCUUAUUCCCUACAUAGUGGACUACGUUUGACCAGAGCCCAGUGCACUAUAUAGGGAAUAGACUGCCAUUUGGGAUACCGAUUUAAGUAAUCCAUCUGAACUGGAACAGCCUCUGUAGAAUGAACCUUGACCCACAUGUCUUUAGUUAUCGUAAUGGCUGCUAGAGGGCGCCGUUACACUGUGGUUAUGAUGUAGGUGUACUCUGCAGAUGUCCACGAUCUCAGUAUCAGGUCUUAAUGUGUAUAAGUGGGUUGGUUGUAUGGGAGUGUGCUUUGUACCAGUUAUGUGGAGUUUAUUGUUAUUCACUCCACUGCCAAAGAUCCAUAUGUUUUUGUAUUGUAAAUUACAUAUUUCACAUUGAUGAUUGUAAGAUGGCUACUUCCUGCUUCAUUAAUGCUCAGUCAGUUGACUGUCAAAACAACAAUGGCUGGAAGAAUGUUUCAUUGGGCUAAUGAAUGGACUGAACCAUAAGUGAUUGCCUGUAUAGUAAUAAAUACCAAUAUGUCAAUAAA